AUGGAAUUCAACUACACUGACGUGAAUGAAACAUGUCAGAACGAGUUGGGAGAUGUAAUCCCAUGCAACUCGUCCAACUGCGUGCCUGGUGCAACAGAUGAUCGGGAAAUCCUGGCCCUCAAGGUGUUCAUGACAGUGAUCUACACUGUGAUCUUCAUCACAGGCUUUUUGGGCAACAUGUGCACUUGCCUCGUCAUCAGCCAGAACCGCUACAUGCAAACCGCCACCAAUUACUACCUGUUCAGUCUCGCGGUCUCUGACUUGCUCUUUCUCAUGCUCGGAUUCCCCGACGAAAUGAAUAAGACGUGGAAUAAGCGGAAUUACGUAUUUGGUGCCGCGUUUUGCUGGUUGCGAGGCUUGGGUGCCGAGACUUGCGCCAACGCCAGCAUCCUCAUAAUCGUGGCAUUCACUGUGGAACGUUGGAUCGCAUUGUGUCACCCAUUCUCCAGGGCUCAUCACAGCGGUACUCGACUAGGUCGUGUGACGAAGAUCAUCUGCACAUUGUGGGUCCUCGGUCUCAUUUUCGCGGUUCCACAAGUGACACUGCUCGGGAUGGUCCAAGAAGUGACUUGCGAUGGACAACCGAUCCCGGAUGAGCAAAUCUGCUCCAUUGACCAAGAGUACAACAACUAUGCUCGAUACGCAUUCCAGGCGUCCACGUUUCUCCUGUUUGUGUUGCCAAUGGUCAUCAUUUCGUUCCUUUACAUUCGGAUUUGCUUAUCGCUGUCGCGCAGCGAACGGUACUUUGACGGGGACACCAAACUGUCUUACCGGAGCACCAUGAGCAAGAACCGCAGGACUUUGCCGGAGCAGGCUGCUCAGGAACUUGGGGAUGAUCAAGACCCUGGCAGGCCAUCGACUUCGCAAGUGCAUCGCACUGGAGUCGAGAACUCGAAAGCCAACGUCAUAAAAAUGCUCGGUAUGUGCAACCUAUUUGUACAGUAUAAUUAA